AUGCUAAAUGGACCUUUGUUUUUUUGGUACAAAAAUGGACCUUUUGUUGAACAAGGAAUUAAAAAUAUUGGACCUCCGCAUGUUUGGAAGUUAUGGUGCUGGAGAAAUAAGGCGGCGUUUGACCCUGAUUUGCAGCGACCUGCUGAACCUCUGAUGGCCGUUAAAAACAGUUGGAGAAACUGUAUAAUGAGACCUGAAUCUGAUAAGAGUUGCAAAGAUGCGGCUUUUGGUAGCUCUGUUUGGAGCCCACCUCCUUGUGGAUGGAUUAAAUUGAAUAUUGAUGGAGCUAUGGAUCGCAGAUCAGGCAUGGCAGGGUGUGGAGGUGCUUUUAGAGAUCCAAAUGGGACAUGGAUGGCUGGAUUCUCCCACGAUAUUGGAUUAUGUAGUGCGUUUGAGGCUGAAGAGUGUGCUUUGUUUAAAGGGUAG